AUGCAGGCUGGACAAGAACAGCACCUCUCCGUGGAUUCCAUGUCUGGAACAGUUUGUAUUCAAAAAAUGUUUGAUUUCGAGAAGGAGCGAACUUUUCAAACUACAGUAGUCGCCACAAAUGCUAAUUCCGAAACGUCCACAAGUCUUAUUUCAAUUCGACUCAAAGAUGUCAACGAUAAUUGGCCAAUUUUCUACCCCAACGAGUAUCAUUUAACAAUUCGAGAGGGUCCAAAACCAUCGGAACCCCUUCUAGUCGUUUCGGCGUCGGAUUUGGAUUCGGGAAAGUUUGGAGACGUGACCUAUCAGAUUUUGAGCGAAUCCAACUCGUUCUCUAUAAAUUCAAAGACUGGAGAAAUUUUCGCAAAGAACGCACUGACCCGCGGUCGCUUCCAUUUGAUGGUCAACGCCAAGGAUGGUGGAGGUCAGAACUCGGAGAACCCCGCGAAUAUUCAUAUCACUGUUAUCGAUAAGAACACCAAGACCCCAGAAUUUUCAAGGUCCAAGUAUGAAAUACGGACCACAGAAGACAUAUUACCAGGCAUUGCAAUUGGUUCAGUGGCAGCAGUUUCGGAAGGAAAAUUAAAGUAUUCAAUCUAUUCUGGAGAUCCUGAAAAUCAAUUUUCCAUCGAUGAAAACUCAGGGAAAAUCUAUGUGACCCGAUAUCUAGAUGCGGAUGUUCAUGAUACCGUACUCCUGAACAUCCAAGCAAAAAUGGAGAACGGAGAGUCUAACCAAACUCAAGUGCUCAUCCAAAUCGAAGACCAUAAUGAUAAUUCCCCAAUUUUCCCAAAUCCUCUGGUGGAGAUUACUGUAAGGGAGGAUCAUAGGGUAGAGGAACCCUUCUAUGUGGUGUUGGCAAGCGAUAAGGAUCGGAAGAAGAAUGGGGAGUUGAAGUAUUCCAUUAUUAGUUCCCACCCAGGCUCUUCUAUUGAGAUAGACCCAGUUUCUGGGCAAUUGUGGAGUCGGAAGGCUUUUGACUAUGAAGCUAUUCGAAAUUUCAAGCUACGGAUCAAAGCAACCGACCUAGGGAUCCCUCCUAGAUCUUCAAAUAUGACCCUGUUCAUUCAUCUGCUAGAUGUGAAUGAUAAUUCGCCAAAGUUCGAGAAGUCUUCUUACUUCCUAGAAGUUCUAGAGAAUUCUCCCCCGAAAACGAUUCUAGGGAAGAUCCUGGCUAGCGAUGCUGAUAGUGGUGAUAAUGGAAUGAUAUCUUAUCGAAUCACAAACGGAUCUGAGUACUUUGGAAUCGACUCCAAGCUAGGAACCAUCUACACCAAGAAAUCGCUGGAUAGGGAAACCAUCAGUCAUGUGGACAUCACAAUCGUCGCUGAAGACCAUGGCACCCCAGUUAGAUCUUCCGGGGUCGCAUGCAGGAUUACGGUAGCUGAUAUGAAUGAUAAUGCACCUAGCUGCUCUUCCAUAACCCCUAUUGUGGUAUCAAGCGGAUCCCCAACCAGCACCGCAAUUGGAACUAUAGUGGCUAGUGAUCCAGAUAAAGGGCUGAAUGGAUCGGUUCUCUAUAGAGCGCAAUUGCAACACCCCCUAUUUUUGGUGAAGGCUAAUGGAGAUGUCUACCUCAGAAGACGGCUGAAUGCGUCGGAUGAGCAAUUUCAACGGUUAUCAGUGAUAGUGUCGGAUCAAGGCGUCCCACGGAAAUCUGUAGUUUGUCAUGUAGCCGUGAAAAUUGCAAAGGACACCGAGACUGAUAUUAGAAUUCUGGAUUUGAUCCCAAAAUUUUUGGAAUUGCCGCAAUCUUGCUCUCCUUGUCGAUUACUAGCAAUCAAUGCUUCGGGAGUGGCCACGUGGCAAAUUCAAAGCUCCGAAAUCUCGAACCACUUUGCUAUCCGCCAGGGAGUGCUCUCUAUGAUCUCGCCACCUGCUCAUCGACCCCCAUACUCUCUUGUUAUCAUCCUGAGUGAUAAGAAUGAUAGACAAAAAUCGAUAUCGCUGAAAAUCCUGGCUUCUGGAGAGGGUGACACCUACAAAAACGAAAUGUUCCAAAUUUCGGACACCAUGAAUAUUGGAGCGAAGAUUGGAAGGCUGGGCGAGAAGAAUCCAGCGUUUUUCUAUAAAUUUAAGGCGGAAAAUAAAACUCAAAAUUUGGAUUUCUGCCCAUUGGAAUUAGACCAAUCUGCUGGGAUACUGUACUUGGCUGAUGGGAUCCGAGGAUUGCAAAAUGUCACCUGCUUUUUUGAGAAAUUCAACACCACUGAUGGAAGUGUCGAUGAGAUGCGUGUUGAGCUAGAGAUUCUUCGCUCGAAAUCCGACAAACCCCGAUUCGAUACGCGGCACCUUACAGUGCACGUGCGGGAGGACACCCCAACGGGAUCAAUUCUAACUACUGUAAACGCCACGGACGACUCGGAUUCACCAAUCAAUUAUCGAUUUUCUCAACAAAUCGAUACUUUCGCAAUCGAUCAGUUUACUGGAGACAUUUCUCUGGUUGAAAAUCUUCAUUGGCACGUCAAGAACACUUAUCAUUUGAUCGUCGAGGCAUUCACCACAGGCGCUGGCUCCACACUUUUGGUUACUAUAGAUGUGGAAGACGUCAAUGACCACGCCCCUUUUAUCGUAUCCCAACCUACAGUACUCCUACCAUCGGCCUAUCGAAAAGGGGAUACGGUACAUCGAGUGGUGGCAAUAGAUAUGGAUCAAAACCCCCGGAUUGCUUAUACCAUUCAAAAUUAUUCGGAGCCAGUGAGCAGUCUGAAAAUUGACGUUGAUUCUGGAGAAAUUCAAAUUCUCAACUCCCAGAAUCUUCCUGAAACAAUUACUGUAAGAGCCGAGGAUUCCGAAGACCCCACGAAGUUUGAUGAGCAAAAAAUCCUGAUCAAAGCUCGGAAUUUUUCACAUUGGCACUUUUUUGAAAAACCCAAGGACGCGAUUUUCCUAGAGCCUGGCACACCAAAGGAUACUGUAGUUUUAAAAAUGAGCAAUAUUGAAGAGGUCAAGCUACAACUCAUUCCAACCUCCCAGUUUUUCGAGCUCCAAGGAGCUCAAAUAGUCCAAAAAAGCGUCAAUCUGCCAGCCGGAACGCAUAGGGUUACUGUAGUUGCUCAGAAGGAGGAGGAGCUCAUCGAUUGGAUGCUUCUGGAGAUCCAUGUGGCACCGAAGUUUCAGGAUCCACCGAAAAUUGCAUCUACGUCGUGUGGAAUGGUUACGGUAGAGGAGAAUAUGGAGCUGAAAGAGUUCAAAAGGAUAAUGGCAACUGGAAUGACAAAUAGCUCAAGAUUCAGGUUUCAAGGCUCCCCAUCCCUUUUCUCCAUCGACCCCAUCACCGGCUACAUUUCAGCAAGUGCGCUGGAUCGAGAGACCGCUCAGGAGCACCUUCUAGUCGUGUUGCUCUCGGAUUCCGGGCGAAACGACUCGUGUACCGUUCGGGUUACGGUAGCAGAUCAAAACGAUAAUGCGCCCCAGUUCAAUAUGGACACUCCAGAUGAAAUAUCGAUUAAUGGAUCCUCUCAAAUCGGAGACAUCCUUUGGAAAUUCGCUGGCUAUGACUUCGAUAUUGGGCUGAAUGGAAAAUUGAGCUUUGAUCUUCUAGAAGACUCUUCAAAGAGCUUGGAUCUCGUGCCAGAGACUGGGGCUUUGGUGGUCCGCAGAUUCGCUCCAACGGACAGCUGGAGGAUAAAGGUUCGGGUUAUAGAUCAUGGAAGUCCUAAAGCCUUGGAGAGCGAAAAGGAGCUCAAGAUUCUAAACUUUCGGCAGAAAGCCUCUGAUUCUAAGGAUGUUGAGCCUAUCGAAUUCCUCCGGCAGUCCUACAUCUCCUCCAUUGAUGAAAGCCUUCCACGUGGGCAAUUCGUGGCUAAGCUGGAGGCUUCUGGGGUCUCUGGGGCUUCUGGAAUCACCUAUAGCAUCGUUGAAGGCAAUCAGGACUCGGCAUUUUCGAUAGACUCCGAUGGUGUAGUAAGAUCUAAUCUAGAACUGGACAAGGAGAUUUUGGAUAGGUACAAUUUGAAGGUGAUCGGGAUUGUUCCGGGAACAUCCCCAGCUACACAGAUUUCCACUAGAAUCGAUAUUCGGAUCAAUAACCUGAACGAUAACCUGCCAAGUUUCCCAAUCUCAAAGCCUCGGAGAGUUGCGGAGAACUUGAAAGUUGGAUCUUACAUCGCCACAGUUCAAGCUAAGGACAUUGAUGGUCUAGGCAUUCUACAGUACUCCUUAGACUCGCCGGACCCCCAUUUUCAAGUCGAUCGCUUCACAGGAGUCAUUCACCUAGCAUCCCCACUGGACUAUGAGAGUUCUAAAGAGCACACGAUCCAUCUUAAAGUCUCCGAUGGGGAAUUUGAUGCCAAAACGAACCUGACCAUUUUCGUCUCGGAUGUUAACGAUAACCCACCGAAAUUCUCCAAGGACUUUUACGAAUGCCACGUGGCAUAUUCCCCGGGUCAACCAUUCGCAAGGAUUGAGGUCACUGACCUAGAUUCAGGCUCCAAGUUGAGCUACUCCUUGGCUUCUGACACAUCGACUAUAUUCAAAAUUGCACCGGAAACUGGAGCACUAUCAAUGAAGGUGCUGCCGCCAGUCGGAGAACGAUAUUUGAUUACGGUAACUGCGACGGAUAACGGAAUACCAAGCUUCUCGACUAGUGUCCCGGUUUUGGUGGUGAUUGGAGAGCAGACGCCAACUGAGAAGCCAGUUUUCGAGCGACAAGAGUUUAGAUUCGAGGUUUUGGAAAACUCCAAAGCCGGUCUCCAAAUUGGGAAUCUAUCCGGUGACACCCGUGAAUUCCUCUACAGUAUCCAAGACCCCGAAGCUUCGAGAAUCUUCCAUGUCGACCAAUUCGGAAGGCUUUUCGUGGCGGGACCCAUUGAUCGAGAGUUGAAGAGCUACUACGAGUUUACUGUAGAAAUCGAGAACAACGAAAUGAUGUCCCAAAAGACGCAGUGUAAAUGCCACAUCACCGUGCUCGACGAAAACGACAAUUCUCCAAUUUUCACGUCAUCUGGAUACUCGAUUCAUCUGAAGGACACCCAAACGACGCAUGGGCAGAAGAUUGGCCAGAUUUUGGCGCGUGACCUAGAUUCCGAUGAAAAUGGGCGUGUCAGCUACCGUAUCCUCUCUGGAAAUGACUUGAAUAUCGUCACACUGAACACAGAUUCUGGAGUGAUUCAGAUGAACGAGUGGACCGAUUCUCAGUUGGAAGAAUUUCCAAAUGCCACGUGGCAAAUUCUGGUGGAGGCUCGGGACCACGGACACCCAUACCGUAGUACAGUUGGAACGGUUACAGUAUCCCUGAAAAUGUCGUCGUGGAGUGGCUCCGCCCCCUUUUUCGUUUUACCCGUUUAUGAGAUUCAUGUGAUGGAGGACACACCGAUUGGGACUAUGAUACAAAGGGUUCGAGCUAGUAAUCGAUUGGGAAUGGAGAAUAAGGGAUUACUGUACUCAUUAAAGGAACAUGGAGGGAAGCUAAGCAUCGAUGUAAAAACUGGAGAAAUCACUCUGAAAAGUCACCUGGAUUGGGAAUCUGAGCCCCUCAUUUCAAUGUACCUCUCGGUGUCCGAUGGAAAUGGGCGGUCAGCCGUGGUCCCAUUAAAAAUUAUGGUAGAACCUGUGGACGAGUUUGCGCCAGUUUUCACAAAGUCUUCGUAUAGGCUACAGGUAAAAAAGUUCAAAAAAAAUUUUAUGUUGGAAAUUUUAAAUAAAGCUGAGCAAUCUUGCAGAUUCCAAUUUCUACCCCGGCUGGAGAGUCUGUGGGUCAAAUGCAGUUUGAAAAUCAUCAAAAACGCGUUUUUCAACAUUAAAAACCCCAAAAACGCCUCUAAAACCUUGGAAAUCGCAAUUUUCCGAAAAUUUGCACAUAUGAUCCGUCUCCACAAGUCUCUCUCCUCUCGUCGUAACUUGACCAUCGAGCAGAUUACUGUGCUAGCUUACAGUAGCCCAAAUAAACAAACCAAAACUACAGUCUACCUGGAAAUUGGUCCAUUUGAUGUGCAACCGACGCUUCCGAAACUAUUACUCCACUCUAAACCCGUUCAAAUCGCCGCAGCCUCUCUCAUUCUGCUUCUCGCCCUUCUUAUUAUUGUAAUCUGUGUCUGUAUGUGUAAAUCAAGGAGUCAGAAGAAGCAUCCAGAGAUUCUGAAGCCUUCCGAGCCCCGACGUACGUCUCAGAAGGCUCCAAAAACCAUUCAAAAACAAGUGUAUUCGGUGAAAACCGGGGAGAUUCGAACGCUUUCCGGCGAUCUACCCCAUCAUUUUCCAUCUAAUUCAAUGACGUCAUCUGUGUCGACGUCUUCUGAUGCGCUUCGUAUUCUGCGUGCAAGUUCGAGAAGUCAAAUGGAUUCGGGAAUCGAUCCGGAUAAUGUCUCUAUCAAUUCUUCGGUUACCGAUUAUUUGGUGUCUCUGGGAGUUAAUGCGAAUCCGAUUCCGCCGAGAAUAAGGCACAAUACGACAUACGACUCGCUGAUGAACGAGUACAUUUACGCGCGUGUCGAGGACGUUCUUCCGCCCGGACCCAUCAAUUUGAGCACGCCAAGUCAGCAUUCGCUUCUAAGACAACCACUUUUGACCGCCGCCCGACGUCCACAAAUUCCGGCUCCGUCGUUUGAGCCGCUAACUGAGAUAUUCUCGGAAAUUGUCGAAAUGCAAAAAGCCGAAGAAUCGAAUCGCCAUCGAAAAGAAUAUGUUCAGGUGGAAAUCUAG